AUGGCGGCGGCGGGCGGCGCUAAAAUGGAGCCUGCUUCCUGCGCGAAACAAUCCCGCUCCCAAAAUGCACAGCGCUGUUUACGCUCCCUUCCUCCUCGGGAACGUCACAGAACCGAGGCGAGAGGGAGGGCGGGAGGGGCUGGGAACGUGGCUGCGUCAGCACGUCGUCCCGCCCCCUGCAGCCCAGAAACCCCGCCAAUGAGCCUAAACGUGAUUGGCCGGCCAAAUAAUUUACGCGCAGCCUCUGCCGCUGCGGGGUGCCCAGGUGGCUUAGUUUUCGAAUCAGAAAUGCAAAUAUCGAGGUUCUUGAAGACUUUCCAACCUCUAGACAAAAGCACUUUCUCCAAAUCCGAGGGACUCCUGCGUCAGCUGGGGAAAUCUAGAGCAGUCUACGACAAGUCUCCCUUGAAAGAAAGUGAUUUAAAGGUUUAUGGGAACAAACAAUACAGCAUAGACAGAUAUUGGGAACACAACAAUGAUCGAAUCAAAGAACUGAGUCUAGUAUACGGCGUGCAAGGUUAUGGGAACCUGGCACCUAGCACAGAAUCGGGUCAGGUCUUUUGUGUCUUCUACGCCCUGGUAGGCAUCCCAUUCAAUGUGAUCUUCCUCAACCACCUGGGCACAGGGCUACGUGCCCACCUGGUCAGCCUUGAGAGGUGGGAGGACCAGCCCCGGCGCUCCCAGCUGCUGCAGAUGCUGGGCCUGACUCUGUUCCUGACCCUGGGGACACUGCUCAUCCUCAUCUUCCCACCCAUGGUCUUCAGUCAUGUGGAGGGCUGGAGCUUUGGCGAGGGCUUCUACUUUGCCUUCAUCACUCUCAGCACCAUUGGCUUUGGGGACUAUGUUGUUGGCACGGACCCCAACAAGCAUUACAUCUCCAUGUACCGGAGCCUAGCUGCCAUCUGGAUCCUCGUGGGCCUGGCCUGGCUGGCUCUGGUCCUCCCUCUAGGCCCUGUGCUUCUGCACAGGUGCUCCCAGCUCUGGCUGCUCAGCAGGGGCUUUGGCCUCAAGGAAGAUGGAAUCCCUGAGACUGGCGGGCUCCCCAGGCCUCAGAAGAUCCCCAUCUCUGCAUGAAGUUUCCCCCAGCCACUCCAAUAGCCCCUCCCAGUUUUCCCAGCCCUCCACAAACACACCCUUCAUAUUUCCCGCCCCAAGUCCUCCUCUGCCAACAGGCUCAUUUCCCAGUAGAAGCAGACUGCAAGAGUCCAAGAAAAGUAACAGAAAGGUGGU